UGGAAAUUUAGAUAAAAAAAAAAAAUCGAUAAACUGUAAUUGCGGGUUUCUCUCUCAAAAAGAGCUGCUCUGUCUUUCUCUCUCUACUCGUCAAUUGUGAAUCAGAACUGUUAGUGACCUUUGUCUUCCAAAAGCUGAUAAAGUCCAGGCAUACAAUUCUCCUCAACGCCCUGAGUAAUUGCCCAAAACCCUAAUUAAUACGGUUGAUCUGAAGAUAUUUCUGGUGGAAUUCAUUGAUAAUUUAAGAAAUCUCAAACGUGAUUGGUUGCUCGAUCUAUUUACCUUUUUAUUGCGAUUUGGAUGGUUUUCUGGCAUGCGAUUUUGCAGUUAGAUGUCGUGAUCUUCAACCGAUUAACAAAGACACUGGAAUUUCCAUAAGCAUUGGAAAUUAGCUGUUUUACAGUUGAAUUUCCAGCAGCUUUUAUGUUAUGAUAGGUUACUGGUUUCGUAAUUGGUGGAAAUUUAAGGCGGAACUUUAAGUUGGUUGCAGAAUCUGGAUAUGAGAAUUCCUUUGUUGAAUAAGCUUUCCAUAUUUUCUGGCACUAGACCACCAUUAAACUGGCUACUCUUGUGUCUUGUUAGUGUUUUUGUGCUUAUUGCUUUGUUAGGUUCAUCUUCUUCUGGUGCUUUUGACUCUGUCACCACUAGUGUAAAACCAGAAGUUUAUACAAACUAUAGAAGAUUAAAGGAGCAAGAAACAAGCGAAUUUUUGGAGUUAAAGAGCUUUGCAUCUGAAAAUAAUGAUCUGAAAGAGAUUAGGUUAUGUGGAAGGGAAAGAGAAGACUAUGUUCCUUGCUAUAAUGUGUCUGCAAAUCUGUUAGCUGGAUUUAAAGAUGGAGAAGAGUUUGAUAGGCAUUGUGAAGUGUCACAAGAUCAACCAUACUGUUUGGUUCGUCCUCCACGAGACUAUAAAAGUCCCUUGAGUUGGCCAGUUGGUAGAGACGUGAUAUGGAAUGCAAAUGUGAAGAUAACCAAAGAUCAGUUUCUUUCUUCUGGAAGCAUGACAAAAAGGUUAAUGCUGCUUGAAGAGAACCAAAUUUCUUUUCACUCAGAUGAUGGAUUGUUAUUUGAUGGUGUCAAAGAUCAUUCGAGACAAGUUGCAGAGAUGAUAGGAUUAGGAAGUGAUGCAGAAUUUCAUCAAGCUGGUGUGCACACAGUGCUUGAUAUUGGUUGUGGUUUUGGAAGCUUUGGGGCUCAUUUAUUAUCAUUAAAACUAAUGGCUGUUUGUAUGGCUGCAUAUGAGUUAACUGGUAGUCAAGUUCAGUUAUCUCUUGAAAGAGGUCUUCCUGCAAUUAUUGGCAACUUCAUUUCAAGAAAACUUCCAUUUCCAUCUUUGUCAUAUGACAUGAUCCACUGUGCACAAUGUGGUGUUCUAUGGGACAAGAAAGAUGGAAUGUUUCUUAUUGAAGCUGAUCGGAUACUAAAACCUGGAGGAUACUUUGUAUUACAUAGAACUUCAUUAAAUAUGGAAAAAGGAAGCCCAAUUGAAGAGUUCACACAAAAAAUCUGUUGGACACUAAUUGGUCAGCAAGAAGAAACUUUCAUCUGGCAGAAAACUAGCGAUCCCCAAUGCUACUCAUCUAACACACAUGGCGCCAUUCCUGGACAUCCAGCAAACGGUGGAUUCCCAUCCAGAAUAGAUCUUCAAAUUCCCAAAUUACCCCUGAUGAGCUUCGGAUUCAUGGAGAGUGUUGAGCAGGAUGAAUUGUAUCAAGACUUUGAAUCUUCAAGAUCAGCUUUGAGAAAUUACUGGUCGUUACUCACGCCGUUAAUUUUUUCCGAUCAUCCUAAAAGACCAGGGGAUGAAGAUCCGUUACCUCCUUAUAACAUGAUUAGAAAUGUGAUGGAUAUGAACGCACGUUACGGAGGUUUAAACGCUGCGUUUUUGGAAGCGGGAAAAUCAGUUUGGGUGAUGAAUGUUGUUCCAAUUAGGGCUCAAAAUUCACUCCCUCUUAUUCUCGAUCAAGGUUUCGCAGGCGUUCUUCAUGACUGGUGCGAACCCUUUCCUACUUAUCCACGAACAUACGACAUGCUUCAUGCAAAUGGGCUCCUCUCAGACCUUAUAUCAAAGAAAUGUAGCACCACAAACUUACUUCUGGAAAUGGACCGAAUUCUACGCCCUGAGGGAUGGGUUGUUCUCUUAGAUAAAGUGGGGCCUAUUGAAGACGCGCGUACAAUUGCUACACAAAUACGAUGGGAAGCAAGAGUAAUCGAUGUGGAAAAUGGCAGCGACCAAAGGUUGCUCGUUUGUCAAAAGCCAUUUCUGAAAAAAUAA